AAGACUUCAAGAAAAACAUUACCUCCUACGUAAAAGGAAGAGUCCAAACAUUCAGUUGUUGUAUCGAAAACACAGAUAAAAUCUAACACCAUGCCGACUGCGCGAGGUCCGUUACCUCUGACCGAAUUCUCUCCGAUCAAGAAGCCAGCUCUGUGGGCUACUCCACAGAGCAACGAUGGUCGUGCACAGGACGAAGAGGAAUGUCAACAUGGUUAAGGCUAGAUUUUUAAGGGUAUUUCUUGUAUCUAUAGCAGAGCAAUUUAUAAGGUUUCACAGCUCGCAUGGCGUGGAGUGCAUGGAUCGCACGGAGUAGCAUGGAGCUAAAGGGGGAGCUUCUUGCGCCCCUUAAAGCUCUGCACUCCAUGCCACUCCAUGCACUCCAUGCACCACGCGCGCUAUAAACUACUCUGCUAUAGCGAAGUUCAAAAAUGAAGGUCAAAAAUGCAAUUAGCGAAGUAGUUGCGCCAUCUGUCAUCUUAGCACCAUCAUGUGCUGAGGCUUUAUGUAUUUUGAUUUUCCUUUUAUCAAUCUUUACGAAAUGGACCUGUACUAGUCUGAUGGUUGAAGAAAGGAGAUCUGUAGUUCACUGGUGUAAGUACGUACCUCUCCUAAAAACAUCAAAGCAGAGCAGCAGUCCGACCGCGCGGCGGAGCACCUCCAUUAGCAGGAGAGUUGUUGGCCAAUGUCAGGAGAGGUCACGAACAAGCACCUCCAAUUCCACCAAGAAAAGGUGCUGGAACUGUUGAUACCGCUGCUUCUUCCUCAGUAGGAGCUACUCUGUUACAUGCAGGACAACAUGUAGGGAGGAAAAACAACAUGAUCUCACCAAAGCGCCCUCUUGUGUUGGCAGACUACUGCUCAUUACAGGAUGAGCAAGCAGGAGAAAUAAGCUGUACGAGUCACAUAGCACACGACAAUGUGGUAAAGAUGGAUCAUAGUCUCAGUCAAGAAGCAGCUGUCUCUGGAGACGAGGAAUCAUGCACGGCGGACGAGCAUCGAGGAGGUAAAAGAACGAAUCUCGGCGCUUCUCGCGAAGAUAUCGAGGAUGCGUCAGCGUCGCAGCACUUUAUUACGGAUAAUAGGUGCAAGACUUUGUAACAGAAUUCGUAUUUUGUUUUUGUUUCAGAGUAUGCAAUUCCUGUUUUAGUUUUACUAGUUGUAUUCGAACAUCACUAACUAGUCCUUGUGAACUCCCUCUGAUAUCACAUAUGUUGAAAACUUCAUUCCCACUGUCUUAACUUCAUUCCCACUGUCCUCACUUCAUUCCCACUGUCCUGACUUCAUUCCCAAUGUCUUGAUGUCAUUCACAGCACUGUCUUAACUUCAUUCCCACUGUCUUGACUUCAUUCCCACUCCUGUCUUGACUUCAUUGCCACUGUGUUCGAGGAGCAGUCAUAUUCGUACGAACAUAUUCACGGAGGAACGUCAUCCUGCGAACUGGACAAUUCUACGUUAUCACGCAGCUCCGAUCCAGCACAGAGAAAGAGGGCAUACACACCUGGCGUUUCGGAAUUGGGCGUCCAUCUACAGCAGUCUCCGCAGAAGCCGUCGCCCAAACAGCGACCGAUGGGCAGCAUGAUCAUCGCUACUGGGAAUAGCGGAAGGAAACAUCAAGGGUUAUGAUUGUGGAGUCAUUUGCAUUUGAUGAUCGUAAAGAUUCUGAUAAGGGUCAUUUGCAGUUGGUGAUGAUGAUGAUGACACUUCUAAGAAGGGUAGCUUUUAUUUGAGCGGGAGAAUUGAGUGGUCUAUAAUGUUCGGAAUGUGAUUUCACCUGAAGCUGUAGGACGAAGAUUGAUUUUUAGCACUUUAGGACGAUGUUCUUACUAACAUUUAGACCUUCAUCUAGUUCUAACCUAGAGUAACCCCAUAAUUGCGACAUCAAGACCUCUUCCUCCCGGAUCUGGACAACAGCACAUAAGAACUGGCAGUGAAGUCGUUCUCUCCACGAGAAAACGAGUGAACCUCGGCGACGUGCAGCAGCAUAUCAAAUCAGCAACUAAACUUGGAAUAGACAUGCACGAUGUCCCGGCUGAUACUCCAGGCUUACCGAACUGUAGGACUAGCAUACGAGGAAGUGGACCAGCGUUUCAAUUAAGGCUACCGCUGCAGCAUUUCAUUCCUUAACUACAGCAUGAUAAUCCGUGGCUCUUCUUUUCCUACUUGAGAAAGAAGCCGCCAAGAAUGCUGACGCUCUUAGGUAGCUCUAAUCCAGCAAGCAACGCGAGCUUCGCAGAACAAACGGAAAGAACAGACCGAUGCAGGAGGAACGCGAUCAGCACCAAGUCGAUUCCUAAGUUAAGGCUCAAAAUACUGCAUUUCUUUGCAAGGGUCAUUUGCGUCGGUUUCCUUCUUAAUCUGAAGAAAUGAACUGAAGAAAUAUAUUGUUUUGGGCUCUAACUAAGGGCUCCACGGAUUCGCGCGCCGAGUGCUACUUUGCGGAGUAGGACGAAUACUGCUAACUCAACAGAAGGAGAUAACAGCAACAACAUGAACUACAUGCUGAUGAAUAAUCACAAUCCUCAAACUACUACCAGCGAAAUUGCAUCUGCCUCUACAACGUUUGCUCCCGGUCCUAGAGGUCCUCCAAGUGCUGUGUCUAUUACUUCAGGAGCUACUGCUGGUGGAGCCUCUUCCCCCUCCUCUUCUUCUUCGGCAAAUGCAACGGCAAAUGCUGCUGAUAGAAUGGAAGUUCCGUCUGCGAUUGAACGAGUUCCUGAACUAGAAGCUCAGCUAGACAUACUGUUGACGAAUGCGGAACAAGAUCUUUUGCAGAGGCGUAGGCUGGAAGAAAGCGUCCGCGUGUUAACGGAAAGUGUGGAUUCUUUGACUUUAUGGAAAAAUCUUUGUCAAAGAAUCCACACUUUCCGUUAACACGGGAAAACUUGUUAUUGUUGUACUACUCUCUAUCACGUUGUGUGAUAUGCUCAUCGGUCUGUUCGGUUCUGUUGGUUUCUCUUUCAUUCUCUUUACCUCCGAUCAGUUCCCCCUUCCUCUGGCUCUCUCGUCCACCCUCCACCACCUACACAUUAAUUAAAUAAUUAGAAAUUACUUAAGUAUAACAGAGUGUAAUUACGGUUAACGGAAAGUGUGGAUUCUUUGACUUUAUGGAAAAGUCGGGAAAAUUUGGUAUUGUUGUACUAGAUUUUUAUUUCUUUUUGUCUUCAUUUUCCCAAGAAAAGUCCGCAGCGCAACGUAAGUUGCAGAUGCUGGAGCGGACGAACACGAAGCUAGCACGAGGUAAGGCGGCAGAGGCUGCUGCACGCUCUGACCGAGAUCGGGAAGUCGAAGAUCUCAAAGCGGAAGUAGUGAAAUAUGGCCUGAGUAUAGACAAUCGUUAAACGCUGUUUGUGAUAAGCGAGAAGCAAUAGUUAGGCAUAGGCUUGAUUUCGGCGUUGCAUUUUCUGCACUAGAAAUACGAAAAGUUGUUAUACAAUGAAAGCUCUGAGAAUGCGUGUACUAGAAGAAGGAUUCCGAAUUUCUCUCACCAUAGAUUUCUUUCCUGUCUAGCUCUAAAUUAAGGCAAAAGAGCUCGUCACCGAUCGCCUAUCAACACGCGCCACCGAUGCAGCUUUAUCGGAGAGCAAAGAGGAAAUCGCCCAUUUGCAAGAGCGCUUAGGAUUAUCAGACCGUCAAAGGGCAGAACUAGCAGAUCAAGUAAGCACGUUGGAGAUAGAGAAAGACGACUUACUCACAGCCAACGACUUACUGGAACAGGGCAAGCUCACUCUUGCAGAAGAUGCUAGAAGGCAAGUGGAUGAAGCUGCGAUGAGGGAAGAAGAAGUGAAUGCUGAAAAACAAUCCCUGGAGACUUAUGGCUUUAAGGUCUCAGGAUGAUCUUAGGGAUCAUGGAUUAGUUUGUUGAGCUCUAAGAUGUGAAAAUUGCGAGUUUGACUGCAGAGAUAGAAGCACAGAAAAAGCUAAUCGAGGAAAUCGAGCAGCAUUCUCUAGAGCGCAUCGCCAGAUUACAGCGAGAAAACGAAAAGAUCAUCAAAGGUAGUGAAGUUUGCCUCUAUUGCUGCCUCUUUCAAGUGUGGUAAUGUUGCUCGUCCGUUCCUCACAUUUUUACCCCGUGCCCCAACUUCUCCUCAAAGAAACGCCACAACUUAUUAAUUUAUAUUUGAGUCAACUACAAAAAUUUGAAUUCGUUUCACUUUCCAUUUCCUCGCUUCUACGCAGAUUUCACUGCAGAGCUGGAAGGGGAGGUGUCCAGACGGGAAAAACAAGAACGGGAGCACGCGGAUGCUCUUCGGAGUGCAGAAGAUGCGGCUUUUCAAAAGGGCGUUCAACAAGCUACUGCUAAAAACUUCAAGCCUUCAUCGCUCGCGAAGCCGAAGAGUGUUGUUAGCAGCAAAGUUAAGGCAUCAUCCUCGAAUCCACCUUCCAGAAGCAGAGCAUCUUGGCUCCUCCUCCGUUUUUCAAGAAAGAAAAACGCGGCUCACGAUGCUCUCCUGAAGAUGGACCUGCUGUGGUUGUAGGUCUAACAAAGGCAGAUCUGCCUCACCUACCAAGCAACAACCUACAGAGAGCAACACUACCAGUACCAGUUCAUCUAAAAUCGUCGAUGAGGGUGUUUUCGUAGCACGAUUUAAAGCGGCAUUGCAGGAAGUGUUGUCGAAGAGAGCUACUGUGUUAAGGCUACCGCUGGAGCGUCCUCAGUGUCAUCCUUGUUCUCCCUUUCAAGGGGAAAAGGAACCAAGGAUGCGCCCAGGGAUGCGACGCGGUAGCUCUAACUGUGGGUGUAGCUGGAAUAGAUCUUGAUUUUCCUGUAGCCUUGUCAGAGGCCUUAUCAUCCAGUUUAGUUGUUGGCGAUGGAAGCAACAAAAAGCAGGCUUCUUCAAUAACAGAGUUGGUCACGACUUUGAUGUCGGCUUUUACUGCUCAUUUGGAGCACGUCGUGGAGAAGGAAAGUAGACUAGCUAGUAACAUCAAAGCUUCUAAUACAACCUCUCCAACCAGAGAUCAGGCACUACUAGUCCAGUCCACAGAUUCUACUACUACAGCAUCGACAGCGUCUUCCUCAUCGACCUCUUCAUCAGCUUCGUCAGGUCGAGCCCUGCAACGGGCGAUUGAGACCAUGUACAAUGGCAAAAUCCACAACGGCAAGAUGUACAACGGGAAACACUGCGAUCUGUCAGCACUCGGUGGAACGGAAGAUGAGGCAUCCGAUGUGGAUGUGCAGACUUUGGUUAAGGGGGAGGUGUGUGAUUGAUUUGAAUUCGUUAAGUGGAGAUUAUGAUUUGAAUUUGUUUUAUCAUCUUCAUGAUCACGAGGAAGUCGAGACUUCUCACAACUUGUCGUAGUCCCUAGUAUCUUUCUGUGGAAUUUUGGUGAGAAACAUAAGCAUUUACUUAUAGACUUUUACUUACACGAACACGAAUGACUACUCUAUGGUACUGGUUGUACGGCGUGUGCUCUUCUUUCUCUAAUUCUUUGAACUUUCUGCGUGAGCGACGAAAUGAGCAGGAGAAACAUCAUAAGCAGCUUAAGGCUUUACGGCAGCUUGCGUGUACCCACGUGGUGUGCAUGAAAAGUCUGGUGAAACGCGUCCAUCGAGCACUGAGGCAACCGACCUCUGCCGCUGGGGGUGGUAUAUACCAUGUUCUAAAUAUUUCAAGUAUCCUUCUAUAUCAUGUAUCUAUAUUGCAAGUACACAGUUUCCUUCUAUAUUUGUGAGAGUCAAAGAACUCAAAGGCUAGGAGGUCUGAGUCAUGUUUUUCUACUUACUCAAAUUUUUCAAAGUUAGGAGCGAAGAUUGAUCCAUCAAUCUCCAGGUGGUAUUCUCGACGGCAACAGUCCGAAGUCACCGAGUCGUCGGGGCAAUGCAACAGCGACAGCGACAACAGCCGAGGAAGCACAAGAACACAGCGCCUCUUCUGGUUUUCGAGAUGCGCAUACCAAAUCCGUCGAUCCAAACACGUUCUACUCUCCGGCCAAAUCAUGCAGAGCUGUGUCACCGUCAGGGACACCACAGUCAGGGACAUCGCAGAAUGCUAGUAACGGGACGUUCAAUGUUAUGUUGCAGGAAUGUUCAUUUUGUACAUUUAUUUCAAUGGAGUAGUAGAAAUUGAAAUUUAUUGUACUACAUCUAGCUCAUGUAGUAGGGUUUUGGCCUGGAAUAUAGAAAGAAAUGCUGUGCAUACUAAUCUAGCAUGGAAGUAGAGUUCGGUGUUGAAAAAUAGGCCUAUCAGGAGGAGACACCCUUUAUUGCAAUUAUCGAAGCGCCGUCCUCGGGCUCGGUACACCUACUUAGUACAACUAUUGAGUCUUUUUCUGAUUUCUGUGUGUUCUAAUUCGGUGAGCGCCUCCAGUGCCGUGGCUUCAAUUGAUGAGGAACAGAUCCGUGCCAUCGUGAGCGAGGUGGACAUGUCAUUGAAAAACUUCCACUUAAGACUUCCGGAAAUCUCCAAUUUUGAAAGGCAUCUAGGACCUCCCGCGUAUAAGGGGGAAACGGGUCCGAGAUGCUUUUCAAAAUGGGAGAUUCCCGCCUGGUCUAAUCCACGCAGAGAUUGACAACGUCUUGGAACAUGAAGCAUUGUUAAGGCUCCAAAGAUCCCGACUUCUCCACGUGAGAGAGUCCCGUUAAAGUUCGUACUGCGCUUCGGUAGGGAACAAGGACUAGGCAAGUACUAGGGCUCCUGUACUAAGGCGAGUACUCCGGGGGCGAGUAUUUUAACGGGGUCGAUACUUUCACAGGAUAAGUUGCUUGGGGUAGCUCUAACAUUAGCCUGUGCCCGUAAGCAGCAAGAGCUGUUGGAAAAGGUAAGGGCAGUCUGUUCACCACACGCAGACCCAAUUGGAUAACGAGAGCAGUUGCUUGUACUACGUCGUCGCAGAAGUAGUCAAGGCAUCGUGGAAACAAAUGUCUAUUGUUCUAAUAUUCAUCAUUAUCUUUUUUGUUCAUACUAUACUACGAAGAGCUCGCUAGAUGAAGAUGUUUCAUUUCAUUUCAAGCCACGACUUACAAGUUUUGCCCAGGUGGUAUUUUUCAGAGGAGUUAUUAUUACGAGAGUCACAGGAGUUAUUGUGUCAUGAGUCAAUGCCAUGCUAAUGAUUUCAAUGAAACUAUAACUAACAAUUUAAGUUAGACUACAAACAACUCCAACAAGCAACUGUCUGAUAUGUAGAAGCUAUAAGACCACAGGAGGUAUUAGAAGAUCUUAAUGCAGCAGAUCCUUUUUAUAAGUUGUUGGUCCGAUUUCAUUACGCUGUUAGUAAUAGUAGAGCUCUGAUAUUAAGGAUUUUGUUCAUGAUGACUCUGUUCAUGUCGUUCACCGUAGAAAGACUCCCUUCUGUCGUGGCUAAUGGUGUUUAGACAUACUAGAUUUGAAUGACUUUUAUCAUAAGAACGGCCUAAGUACGCCUAGGCCUACGUCUAAACCCUAAACCCUACUAGCUUACGAUUAUGAUUUUUUGCAUUUUCCUCAACAUUGACAUUGUAUGAGUUGUCAUUUCCUUAUAGAAGAAAAAUGCCCACCUUGCUGCUGUUUCCGUGCUACCAAGAAGUAAAUUAUAGCUAAAAUUUCUUGUGACAACGUAUUAUUCCACGUGUUACAUCCUUGUUUGUCGGGACAGCCUCAAAUUUUUUUGCCGUAUCUUCCGUCGGCUGAAUAUUGAAUUAUGUUGAGUUAUCUGUUGUAAAUGGAAAUGAAAUUGGAAUGAGACCGACGACCACUUAAAAAGUCUCCUUAGAAACGACCAGUCUCGUUUUGUGAACCUUUCAGUUGGAAGAAUGUACUAGGACAAAUAUUAAUUAUGGACGAUGCAAAUGUUUCCCGCCAGACGAGUGACGAGAGAGAAGAUUAUAAAUAUGCUUCUCAAGAACUUAAGGCAACG